GAGAGAAAGCAGCCAAAGCAAGAAGGGAGAGAGAAGAGGCGAGGAUGGCGCAGCCCUCAGAGAGGAUGUCCCACCAGGAUUUGUCAGAAGCCCUGAAGGAAAGCACCAAAGAGGUCCACAUCCAGGCAGAAAACACUAAAUUCAUGAAGAGUUUCCAGAAGGGACAGGUGUCACUCCGUGAAUUUAAGCUGUAUUUAGCUUCACUCUACUACAUCUAUUCUGCGCUGGAGGAAGAGUCUGAACGGAAUAAGGACAACCCAGUCUAUGCCCCUGUUUAUUUCCCAAAUGAGCUGAACCGCAAGACUGCUUUGGAGGAAGACUUGGAGUAUUUCUAUGGCUCAACAUGGAGGCAGGAGAUCCAGUGUCAUGAAGCAACUCAGAAAUAUGUGGACAGGGUACAUCAUGUGGGCCAAUAUGAACCAGAGCUUUUGGUGGCCCAUGCUUACACCCGGUACCUGGGAGAUUUGUCUGGAGGUCAGAUUCUAAAGAAAAUUGCUCAAAAAUCUCUCCAGCUGCCUAGUACUGGAGAAGGACUGUCUUUUUUCAAUUUCCCUGGAGUCACCAAUAUCUCUAAGUUCAAGCAGCUUUAUCGAGCUCGGAUGAACAGUCUCCCCAUGGACUCUGCUAUUGAGGAGAGAAUCCUGGAAGAAGCCAAAAAGUCUUUUCUGCUGAAUAUAGAAGUAUUUGAAGAGCUACAGAGACUGGCAAGUCAGGGACGGCUAUUGGAGAAUAACCACCUUGUGCAACCCAAGCUGGAACUUCAUGCAAGAGGAACCAACAGAACACACAGUCCAAAGGAAAGUGACCGGACAAGAAUGACACAUAAGGACAUGCUGCCCAGCACACCACUCCUGCGUUGGCUUCUUGCUCUUUUCUUCUUGGCAACAGCAGUUGCUGUGGGCUUGUAUGCCAUGUGAACAGAAGGGACCUGAAAUAUCUUUCACCAGCACCUGCCUUUUCCUAAACUAACAGCUCUUUUUUAAUCAAGGAAGACAUGCUUAUAUGCCCCACUUGGGUGCUCCAAGUGUAGCUGUUCUAAUUUUACUAACAGUAUAAACGAUACAACUGGUUUGAAAAUUCAAAAAAUUGUGUGGAGAACAUUUCUUUAAAGACCCUGAAGUGUCACAGCAUGGCACAUCUUUAAACAAAGGGAACAAACCACAAAGACCAAGCACUUUCUAUCUUGGAUGUCUGAGGAAUAAAUUUAUUUUGUGCAGUUAUCUAAUGGUGUGUAGCUCACAUCUACCUAUCCUGAAAGAAAAUGCUUUGCUUCAACUUAACUUUUAUAUGAUGUUUCUAUUUUUGAAAGAUAUUUAUACCUCAGCAGUGGACUUUGGAAAAACAUGAAUCAUAACCUAUGAGCUGACUGAUCUGUACACUUGUACUUUCUGAAUAUGGUGAUUCCUAUUGACUAUAAAGUUGACUCUCCAUAUCCAUGGAUUCUUUAUCCAUGGAUUCUAUUAUCCCUGGCUUGCAAACAUUUUUUAAAAUAUAUACAUUCCAGAAAGCAAACCUUGAUUUUACCAUUUUAUGUGAGGAACACCAUUUUACUUCACCACUGUAUUUAAAAGGACUUCAGCAUCCAUGGAUUUUUGUAUCCACGGGGAUCCUGGAACCAAAACCCAGUCAAUGCCAAGGGGUCAUUGUAUUAAAUUAUUUUAGGUGCUAAAACUGAAUUUGUACAGUCAGUGAGGAUUGGGUGGUCUACCACAUUUGCUUUCUUCCUUAUAUGACUUUUUAAAAAUUCAAAUUCCUUUCCAUUCUAUUUAUGAAUUUUUACAGGGUGUGUUCUUAUGCAGACAUGAGCCAAACAAAAUUCUUCCCCAACCAGCUAGGACAAAUUCAAGAAGCACAAUUAAUCAUCAGCAUAGAGACAACCAUGUUGUCUCUGCUUGCCCAGGAGCUGUUAAAGAUGAGGAGCAAGUUGUGGGAGUGGCAGCAACCUUAGUUCAGAACCACUGACCUAUUUGAAUAUGUAUCUGGCUCUUCCAGAUUGUCUAGAGAAGCUUGAGAGCUCCUUAUCUUUUGCCAGCUGUUAUUGCAUCCACAUCCACUCAUUCCAUUCUUUAGCGGAGCUGUUUGUAGUGAUUUCUUGAAUCUGCCCCUUCACACUACAGAUUUAUAGCACUGCGAUUCCACUUUAACUGCCAUGGCAACAUCUUAUGGAAUCCCGAGAUCUGUAGAAAAUAUUUGCAGUACAGUAUAGAAGGGGUGCAGGGCUCUUCCAGAAGUUUUGUUUUGUUUUAAACUGGGGCAUGGUUUGCUGAGACAAUCCUAUGGUUUAAAUGUGAUAUUUUCUCCACUCUGGAUAAAUUUUAAAAAGGAUUAAAAUGACAUUUUGUGGCUGCACUAUAAACCUAUAGUGCAGAAAGAAAGAUUGUCCUUAUCAUGAAAUUAAAAAGAAACCCACCUGAAAAUGGGAAUAAAAUGAUGCACCUGAUGCUGGAAGUUGUCAGAGAAAAGUCUGGAUUAUACAUUUUUGUUGUUGUUAACUACCCUUUAGUUGGCAGCCCUGUGCAUGAGACUCCCGCAAGACUCCCUAUCUUCCACUACUUUUCUUGGUUCUUGCAGAUUCGUACCCAUAACCUGCUUGAUGGACUCCAUCCAUCUAGUAUGUGGCCUUCCUCUGUUUCUCCCUAUAUAAAUACUGCUAGGAUUUAAAUAUAAAAAUACUGUUUAAAUUUAAAAAAUACUGUUUGGAAUAGAAAUACUGUUUGAAUUUAAAAAAAUAAAUAAAACCCUGACAAUGACAGCAAUAAAUAUGGCAGCCUCCUGAUACUUUUGGUGCACUCAGAGAAACUCUGUCAGAUAUUUAAAAGAGCUGGGUAUUCCAAAUAAAUAAAAAUAAAAGGCCCUCUGGAUAGACGGAUGAAGCUCUCAUUUUUAUAUCAUCCCUAUUCAAAUGCCACGUCACAGAUCCAUUUGGUGACAGAGCCUUCUCAGUGGCUGUUCCCACCCUAUCCAAGUCCCUUCCACGGGUGGCUAGGCUAGGUUGGUCCCUUCUCUGCUCUCCAUCCAUCAGCAGGCAAAGGCCUUCUUGUUCAAGCAGGCUUUUCAUGAAUAACUGCUUGCAAGGAGCCUUCUUCCGUGUGUGUGUAGGGGGGGGGGGGCAUUUUAGUUUUAACUUUUGUAUAUUAUAAAUAAUUUCAUUUUGCUUAAUGUAUGAUUUUAAAAAUGGCAAUCUUUUCAUUGUGUUUUUUAUUUUGUUAUCUUUUAACUAAUUUUGUGUUAUUGUUCAUGAGUCUCCUUGGGUCCUACACUAGGAGAAAGGUAGUAAUAAAUAAAUGGAAUAAAUAAAUAAUCUUAA